UUUAUCCAUCCACUGACUGACCCCCUUCUUAUCACCUCUGUACCCAGGUACAGUCCCCAUGCUGGGAGUCAACCACUCAGCUGUUUCGGAGUUCAUCCUCGUCGGCUUCUCCACAUUCCCCCAGCUUCAGCUGAUGUUUUUCCUGCUGUUCCUGCUGAUGUACCUCUUCACGCUGCUGGGGAACCUGCUCAUCAUGGCCACCAUCUGGAGCGAGCACAGUCUCCACACGCCCAUGUACCUCUUCCUGUGUGCCCUCUCCAUCUCCGAGAUCCUCUACACCUUCGCCAUCAUCCCUCGCAUGCUGGCUGACCUGCGAUCCACCCGCCCCGCCAUCCCCUUCACAGCCUGUGCCAAUCAAAUGUUCUUCUCCUUCACAUUUGGCUUCACCCACUCCUUCCUGCUCACCGUCAUGGGCUAUGACCGCUACGUGGCCAUCUGCCACCCGCUGCGCUACAACGUCCUCAUGAGUGCCCAGGGCUGUGCCUACCUGGUGACCUGGUCCUGGAUUGGGGGCGCCAUCAUGGGGAUGGUGGUGACCACGGCCAUUUUCAACCUCACCUUCUGUGGACCCAAUGAGAUCCACCAUUUUGCUUGUCAUGUGCCGCCACUGUUGAAGCUGGCCUGCGGAGAGAAUGUGCCAGCUGUGGCCAAGGGCGUGGGCCUGGUGUGCAUCACAGCCCUGCUGGGCUGCUUUCUCCUUAUCCUCCUCUCCUACGCCUUCAUUGUGGCCGCCAUCUUGAAAAUCCCCUCUGCCGAGGGUCGGCACAAAGCCUUCUCCACGUGCGCGUCCCACCUCACUGUUGUCAUUGUGCACUAUGGCUUCGCCUCUGUCAUCUACCUUAAGCCCAAGGGCCCCCAGUCUCUGGAAGGAGACACCCUCAUGGGCAUCACCUACACAGUCCUCACGCCCUUCCUCAGCCCCAUCAUCUUCAGUCUCCGGAACAAGGAGCUGAAGAACGCCCUGAACAAGACCUUCCUGAGCAAACUCGGUCCAGAAAAAUUGUGA